AUGUUCAACAAGGAUAUCGAUUUCAUCAAGGAAUAUGCACAACGUACAGAAGAUAGAAAAGAACAAGAUUUAAGUCUUUGUUAUGCAUAUCCUAUCAUAAAUAAAGUUUCAGAAAUCAAUGUUCUUACUAAUGAUACUAAAAAUCUGCGAAAAUUAUGUCAAGAAACUACAUUAGUUGAGGAUGGAUUAUAUUCUUCUGAUCAUCCAUUUGUUUACAGUGACAUUAAACUUUCUGAAUUUAGCAACAUGAAAGUUUUGCAAUACGAAUCAAAACGAAAAUUCUCUGGCAAAUUGUUAGAAAUUGUAAUUCGUGAAGUAAACAUUAAUACCAAUCAAUCAGAUUCUAUAGAAAUCACAUCUGUUUAUCUGUUAUUCAAAAAGAAAAUUAUAUGUAAGGUAAAUAGUCCCUUUAAUAGAAAGAUGCAUAAAUUGUUAAUAAAGAGUUCAGAAUGCAAUAAUCUUUCUACACAAGUACAUACUAAAAGUGGUCAAUCUAGCAUCUUACCAUUGCCGUUGCCAAAACGCAACAUUGAGAAUCAUACAGCAGAAAUAGAUUUUGCAAUAAGCGACAAUUUUGGUAGAAUACACGCUGGAACCGUCACUUGUACAAUUACCUUAAGUAGUUAUGGUGAAAAUGAACAAGAGUCAUAUGCAUCUCAUCUUUAUAAAUUAAGUAAUGAUCCAAAUGAUCCACAAAAUCAUUUAUCUUUACUCAAACCAUCGAAAAGUGUUCAUAAAAAGCAAGUGAAAUACUUUCUACUGGAAGAUCCAGCAUUAACUUUUGGCAGAAAUUCAGAAUUUAUCAUACCUAAGAAAAGUCAAACAGAGAAAAUAAAAUCUCCAGAUAUAGUCAUAACAGAACAACCUGCAUUUUCUUUGCUCAAUAUAUCAUUCAGGAACUUAUUCCAAUUUAAACACCCACUAGAAUCAUCAUCUGGUACCCGUAGACAUCAUACAAUAGGAAAAACAAUUUUGUCUGUAACUAUUCUGCGAGGAAUAGAAAUACCAAUUAGAGAAGAGUCUGCAUUAGUUCAACCAUUUGUAGAAGUUGAAUGGGGUAACACAGCACACACAACAUCCAUAGCAGAAGGUUCAGCACCUAUAUGGCACCAAACAAUGUACUUUGAGUUACCAAGACAAAAUGAAGAGCAUUGUAUAAAGAUUCGCCUAUUUGAUCAGCAUCCUGUCUGGGGUCGACAGUGGAUAGGUGAAGCCAGAAUUCCUCUUGAACAUCACAGAAAUUAUCAAGAACUUGAGCGAUGGAUUACAUUAUCUCCAUUAUUUAGCCCAAAUUUGUUAUUUGGAUACAUACAAGCUAGUCCUGGUCAAUCAUGUACUCGUAUUUACGUUCUGAUGAAAAUGGAUCAUUCAAUUACUCCUAAGUCGGUUGAAAGUACUACUAUAAAUACAUUAUUGAAAGGAAUUCAACGAUGUCUCGUUACAUCAUAUAAAAUUAACGGCGUCGAAAAUCCGAAAGAUGCUGCAAGAUUAGUAAUGCUUGUACCAUCGUUACCUAAUCAUUAUGGGCCGAUCACCCCACGUCAAACAUUGAACAUACGUAAAGUGGAUCACUAUGGAAGAGCAACUCUACUUGCAGUAUUAUUACAAGGUUUCAAUCUGCAGACAUACGUUUUAUUAGGUUCUUCUCAAAUAAGUAAAUGGACGUCAUUUGUUUUAAGUAUCAGUGAAAACGGAAUAUAUACGCUAUGGGACGCAGAAGUUGGAAAAUGCUAUAAAUUAGAUGAUACCCAUUGUCCUUUAAUGAAGGUGUCUCGACUAAUUAAUCAUUCUGGCAUAUGGGAAAAUUUGCAAAAAUCUAUUUUAGCCCAUAAUCUCAAGUACGACGUGAAAUUAAGCAAAGAAUGGCGAUUCGUUGAUAUUACGACGUCAACUAAAAAUGACCAUACUGUGCAAGUAUUAGAUCUAAGUAUUACAGAGGAAGAACUAAGGCAAAUUAAGAAGACCGCUAUGGAUUUAGAGCAGGCCUUAAAAGAUAAGUUAGCUCAUUGGCGAAGCACAAUUGGUUUAACGACGAUCUUUAAUCGACAUGCAAUAACUAUUUUACGAAAUUUUAUUUCUAAAAUAGAACCUUCUUCAGAAGUACAAUUAGAUAAAAGGGAUUUGAAACAAUUAUACAGAGCUUACCACGUUCAUGGUUUUAUUUUAAACAAACGUGAAUGCAGCAUCGAUGAUUUGAGCGAAUAUUUACAUGCGACGAAAAUUUAUAAUAUCAAUGAUCCAGUUGAAUUUGCUGUGGUAUGUCAGAUACAGCCUUACAUCGGUAAAAUUUCUUCGAUUUGGCUGGCUGUUAUAAUCCUUAAAAGUCGUGAUUAGUUGUCUGUACGAAUUAAUAUUAAUUUCUAUAUUAAGUGACAUAUUAAUUAGAAUUUAGCAUUUAGUAUCGAUUAUAUUCGUUUAUUGCAUAUUUUUAUAUUGCAUUAAAAUUAAUAUUACAAUGUUCA